AGGUGUUCCUGCAGCUCAGAGGAGCCGAGUGUCUCUAGAGAUGAUCUGAAAGCUCCUGGAUGGACAAGCCGACAGCAGUGAAGACGCUCAGUUCUGACGGAGCAGCCGCAGGAUGCAGCUCAGUGGUCAUAAAGUCCGUAACUUCUCGACUUGCGACACAAAGUGAUUUUUCUCUAAACGCAGGUGGGUCCAGUGGCAGGGCUACAGGAGGGGGUGCGGGGAGCUCAGUCUUGAUCACUUCCAGCAGGUCCCAUCAGAGUGGAUCCGGAGUGGGUGAGGGGUCCGGGAGCGUCAGUGUCACCUCUGGGUCUUUGUCCGCAAGCGGGGGAUUUGUAGCGUCAGGGGCCUCGAGGGCAGGAAGGGGGUCCAAAGGGGCUGGAAGGGGAUCCUCUAGCAUGUCCCACAGUUUUGUUAGCAGUGCUAAAGAAGGAAAAAGAGACGCAGGUCUCGGUGCUGUGACCAUCUCCACGGUGACCAAGACCAGCUCGACUUCAGGAGGAUCCGGGGAGACGAAGAGGAGUUCAUCAUCGUCUUCUCCUUAUUCACCUUCUACAAAGGAGAGGAAGAGUGUGACCACCAUGGCAGCGGCUCUGGCUGAGGUCUUCGAUGAAAGCUCAAGCACAAACUCGUCUCCAGAGUACAACCGGAAGGAGUACGUUACUUCAAGUGCAACUUCAAGUUCUGCCACCAGAGGGCGAACUCAAAGCAGAGAGAGCGAGAUCAGAGCCAGGCUUCAGAGUGCUUCACCUCCAGCCAGAUGGACGGAGCUGGAUGACGUGAAGCGCCUGCUGAGGGGGAACCCCUCCACCAGCAUCAGUCCCACUCAGUCCCCCAACAACACGCUGCCCAUCCCCAGGAAGGCCAGCGUGGAAACCAGGACCACACCUGAGAGCCCCACAGAUCAGUACGGCAGCGUUUGGUCUGCAGACGUGAGCAGUGGAUACGGGUACAACACAAACCCCAACAACUACUCCACCACCUCCGCCCUUUACCAGUCAGGAGUUCAGAACAACCGGACUCUUGGUUCUGCCUCUGUGAACGCUGGUCUUUCUGCCAGCAGCUCCGCUCCGGUGUACGGUGUGCAGAACAACCUGACCAAUCCGACGGUCCUCACCUCCACCGGAGCCGGCACACAGAUAGUUUACGGAGUGCAGAAAAAUGUUUCUGGACUGAGCUCGACCACAGUGAGACCCAGCAGCCCCGCAAACUACGAGGCCUCAGGAAAAGACUUCAACUUUGUUUUGAUAGAGAAGGAAAACGCUCCGAUCAAGAAGGAGACGGAGCGGCUCGCCAUGGCUAAAGACUCCGGGAAACAGUUUGUGUCUGCUGCACCUUCCUCAGGACCUUACUCCGAGGACUCGCUGAAGAGAGAAAAACAGAAACUUUUAUCAUCGGAGGAAGGAACCGAUGUAAAAUCUUCGAGCCUGAAAGUUGGGACUAAAGACAAAGCCACGUACGCAGAGAUCCGUAAGGACGAGUCGGGUUUGGGGUUCUGCUCCUGCUGCAGCUGGUGGAAGUGGCUCCUGGCGCUCCUGCUCACCCUGCUGCUCCUCUUCGGCCUCCUCUUCGGACUCAUCGUUUUGGGUGAGGAGCUGAAGCGCCUGAAGAACCGGGUCGAGGCCCUGGAGGCCGUCACCGGGACCACAAACGCCAGGUCCAGCCGCCUGUCGGCCUCCUCCGGCAUCAACAUCAUCGACCCGUUGGACUCGGAGUUCGUGGACAGGAGCUCCUCCGGCUCCACCGUCACUCGCUCUGAUAACACCAUCAACCUGGGAGGUGCAGGGAGCGGGCCGGAUCAGGACAGCGCCGUCCUCCAGAGAAAGGUUCAGCAGCUGGUCAGGGCUGAACUCCAGUCCGGUUCUGUCAGAGAAACUCUGGUUUAUUCUCUGAAAGGAGAGAGAGGACUACCAGGACCAAAAGGUGACCCAGGAUCUCUAGGACAAAAAGGUGAUAAUGGCUUCCCUGGACUGCCAGGUCCUCCUGGGCAGAUUGGACACUCUGGACUGGAUGGGCCGAGGGGACCAAAGGGGAAUCCAGGUGAACCAGGUCCAGAAGGACUACCAGGUCAAAGGGGCCGGGAGGGACCAAUGGGUCCUCGUGGAGAUACUGGACUUCCUGGUUUGGGAGAGAAAGGAGAAAAAGGAUCUCAGGGUGAGACAGGACGUCCUGGUCCUGCCGGUACUCCUGGAGCAGUGGGUCUGAAAGGUGCUGCAGGAGAGCACGGAGCUCCAGGAAACUCAGGCGCUCCUGGUCCAAAAGGUUUCCAAGGUGAAGCUGGACCAUCCGGACCAAAAGGAGACCGAGGAACUCCAGGGGUACCAGGAACUAAAGGAGAUCAAGGAGAAAGAGGACCACGUGGACCAGCAGGUGAACCUGGAACACCUGGACCACAAGGUCCAUCAGGACCAAAUGGAUCUAAAGGAAGCGCAGGUGAAGCAGGUUCUUCUGGACCCCCUGGUGUGAGAGGACCACCAGGACUUCCUGGAGAUGUGGGUCCUCCAGGUUCUCAAGGGCUGCAAGGACCUCCAGGUGUUGCAGGAAAUCCAGGACAUCCCGGCAGCAAAGGUGAACCAGGAUCUCCCGGUAAAGUCAUUGGUCCAAUUAGUUCUGACACCGUGGCCAUCCCUGGACCUCCAGGACCUGCCGGGCCUCCAGGUCCUGCAGGACUUCCUGGUUUAUCUGGUCCCAUCGGUCCUUCUGGUGUUCCUGGACAGCCAGGUCCAAAAGGAGAGUCUGGAGAUAAAGGAGACAAAGGGGAGCAAGGCCAACGUGGAGACCCAGGUGCUGGACCUCCAGGUCCUCCAGGACAGCCUGGUCCUCAGGGUCCUCCUGGUGAGGGUAAACAAGGUCCUCCAGGCCGCCGAGGACCUCCUGGAGAGCCAGGUGUUGGUGAUCCUGGACCUCCAGGAAAGAAAGGAGAACCUGGCAGCUUUGUGCCCACAUCAGAGACCUUCUUUGCUGGACCACCAGGACCUCCAGGACCUCCAGGCCCACAGGGUCCACCAGGUGAUGAAGGUCCACAAGGCUUCCAAGGUGACGCAGGACAACCUGGUCUUCCAGGAAGUCCAGGAGAACCAGGUGUCGGUUUUCCAGGACCUCCAGGUCCAGAAGGCCCACAAGGACCUAAAGGUGAUCCAGGCGAUCCUGGAGUCCUGGAAUCUGAUCCUGGUAGCUCAUAUACACCUGGCCCACCAGGCCCUCCUGGUCCACCUGGACCACCUGGAACUGAACCGGUCAAUGUGGGCCAGUACAUAGCAGACUACCUUCAGAGUGACGGCAUCAGACAGUACCUGGCUGGACCUCCUGGGCCUCCAGGACCUCCAGGGGAACCAGGCUCCUCCGGUCCUUCUGAAGACGGGCUUGUGGAUGAUGUUGCCAGCCGAGUCAUCGCCUACAUUCAGAGUUCAGGUCCAGGAGCCCCUGGUCCUCCUGGUCCACCUGGUCCACCUGGAUCUGCCUCUGUUAACGACAUCAUCAGUCUCUUGCAGCGAGAAGAUGUGAGGGCCUACAUUGCAGGUCCUCCUGGUCCACCAGGACCUCCUGGAGGUCCAGGUUUUGGUGGCUACCCCUUUAACACCCAGGAUCUCGCCGAACGCGUCUUCAGCCUCAUGAGCGAGAGGGGAGUGUUGGGUUCUCCUGGACCUCCUGGACCGCCUGGGCCUCCUGGAAACUUGUUAGCAACUGGAUUUCAGUCUCUUGUCGGCCCUCCGGGACCCCCUGGUGCACCCGGUAUUCCUGGACCACAAGGUCCACCUGGACCACCGGGAUUUGGGAGCUACGUCAGCUCAGAUAUUCGAGACUACCUGCAAAGUGUUUCCUUUAAAGGUCCUCCAGGACCCCCAGGGCCCCCUGGACCAGAGGGCCCCCCUGGUCCCUUUGGACAAAUGGUCUCAUUUACGGACCACGCCACCGGAGAGAAGCUGAGGGCCGAACGGCAGGAAUACGUCCGGGCUGAUGAUGAUCUGAGCAGAGCCAUGUUCGGACUUCCGGGUCUACCAGGCCCUCCAGGACCCCCAGGACACAAGGGAGAGCCAGGUAUUCCUGGUGGCAGGAAGUGGAGCCCUGACGCCUCCGACUACUCCAUCAUGGCUGGAAAAGUCACUGAUUACAUCAAAGCUCACGGUCUUCUGGAGGACAUUGUCAAGGACUACAACAGCCAGAUCUUCCAAGGACCUCCAGGACCACCAGGGCCCAGAGUUCCCUCAGGAUUGACCAGUUCUCGUGAGAACACCACAGAUCUGUUGGAAUUGAUCCAAACUCUCAAACACGACGUCGAACAGAACCAGAACCAGCAUUUGGUUCAAGGACCCCCAGGGCCACCUGGACCUGCAGGUCCUCCAGGAGAGAGCCGACUGUUUGGUUCCCGCACAGAUGUCGUUGACCUGAUGGACUACAUCAAAAAACAUGGAGCUGUCGUGGGACCGCCUGGGAGACCAGGACCGAAAGGAGCAAAAGGGGAACGAGGCCCUCCUGGAGCUCAGGGGCACACGGGACCCAAAGGUGACAGAGGAGAAUCCUCGCUGACGGCGAAGAGGAGGAGGAACGCCGGCGUCUGACCUUUGACCUCAUCCUGUACAGAUGUUUCAUUCUAAACUCGUGUUUUUGUACUUUAAAGAUGUUUUUUUACCUGAUUUUGUACUGAGUGGUUUCAAAGUGGAGAGGUUUUAUUUUCUGGGACUGAACUGACAAGACGUCGUAAACUUUUGGGCGUUUUCCGUUUAAGUAAAAAUGACAGAAAAAUAUUUUUUCUGAGAAUUUGUUUAUUUGCAUCCCAACAAAAAUCAUAAACAUGAAAACUCCUACAAACUAUACAUGUACUUCAAAAGAUGCUUCAUGAUUUUUGUUUUGAAUCAACAGAAAUUAAAGUUGGUGUUUGAGAAGUUUUUGUUUAAAUAGUUAAUUUUUCUCAAAUCAAAGGUGCGACAAACUGACAGCAGCCAAUCAGGAAGCAGAGGAGACGAACAGGAACCAAUCAGAGGCCAGGACGGUCCGACGAGCAUAAAACUACGAGCUCAUCGUUAGUUUGAACAGACACGUUUAAAUCUGAAAUAUUAAGUCUAUUAACUAAACUUUUCUGGUAACAAAACACUUAAAAAACAGUUUAUGUGU